AUGGGUAACGCUUCAACGAAGCACUCGCUAAACCGCACCCCCUCCCUCCCCAACCCAAAUAAUCCACAUACUCACCGUCAGCGUGCUCCUUCGCGGCCGGCUCUGUCUCCGCUCGAUCCAAGUAUCACGUCCAUCGAUGGCGGAUAUCUCCAACCGCAAGGAGUCUACGCAACGCAGGAUUACGACUUGGUUCGGGUACAGCAUCAAAUAUACCAUCGACGUGUCGCGCCGUUUUAUAUCGGUCUACCAGAUUUUGAGGAGGACUGGACGGAAGAAGAGUUGGCGAAGGCAGUGCAAUUCGCGGAAGAUGCAGCGGGUGCGAAGAGACGACAGGCGCGUGCCGAGGAGGAAGGAAAAGAGAAGGAGAAAGACAAAGAAGGGAAGAGACGAAGUACCAGCAUCUCAAACACCGAACUGCUGAGCGUUCCCUCGCCCUCGAAAUCUCGACCACGAGCAGUGACGAUGGGAUCAACCGAUUCCGUCCACCGCGUCGGCCCCGCAAGACCCACCCACGGAAACAGAAUCAACCGUCCCUCCCCCCACACAAUCUGGAAAAACGCCCUCGAAUGCCCCAUCUGUUUCCUCUUUUACCCACCCAAUAUCAACCACACACGCUGUUGUGCACAACCCAUCUGCACCGAAUGCUUCGUCCAAAUCAAGCGUCCCGAUCCGGCGCCGUCGACGACGCCUCCUUAUGGGCUGGAGUCCACGCCGGCUACGUGUCCGUUCUGCGUGGAGGGUGAGUUUGGGGUCGUGUACGAGAAGCCAGGCUGGGCUGGCGAACGGUCUGGGCGGAGUCGGAGUCCGAGUAUGUUGGAGGUUGCGGAGGCGGCGGGGCUUGGAGGGGAGGGGGAGAGUAACGAGGCGGCGUUGCCUGUCCCUGGUCCGCCUGUGCGGAUUAGUUCGACGGGGAUGAAAACGUACCCGGCGAACCACCCCGCCGUAACACUCACGGACCUCCUCCGCCCGAACUGGGAAUCAGAUCUUCUGCGCGCGAGAGCGAGGGCGGCGAGGAGGGCUGCUGCGCAGGCGCAGUUACAGAAUUUCCAGUUGACCGCGAGGGAGCGGGAGAGAGAGGAGAGGAGGCGGUUGAGGAGGGAGGGGAGAGAGAGGGAGAGGGAGGCGACUGGACGGAUGGGGAGGGAGGAGUUGGAGGAGAUGAUGGUUGCGGAGGCUAUGAGGUUGAGUUUGAGGGAGACGGAGGAGAGGCAGAGGAGGGGGAGUUCGAGUAGGUAA